AUGGAAGGGAUGGAGAGCAGAAGCGGCACUUCCUCCUCGGUCGUCGCAGACUGGAGUUUGGUCUUUUGGACUCUAUGCUCUGUGAUCCUGCCGGUGCUGAUCACCUUGUGGUGCAGCUUCCAGCGGUCCCGGCGGCAGGUGUUAAUACGAGACAUCUUUCGCAAGAGCAAGCAUGACUGGCACUACACAGACCUCUUUGGCCAGCCCUCCUACUGCUGCGUGUGUGCUCAGCACAUCCUUCAGGGUGCUUUCUGCAACUGCUGCGGGCUGCGUGUCAGCGAAGGAUGCCUCAAGAAGGCUGACCAGCUUUUUCUCUGCAAGGAAAUUAUGAUGAGGAGCAAUGGUGGAGCCCACAGCUCUAUGCCACACCACUGGAUCAGAGGCAAUGUCCCACUCUGCAGCUGCUGUAUGAUAUGCAAACAACAGUGUGGCACACAGCCCAAGCUCUGCGACUACAGAUGUGUAUGGUGUCAGUACACUGUACAUGAUGAAUGCAUGAUGGAUUGUUUAAAGACUGAGGAGUGUACCUUUGGAGAAUUCAGAGACUUAAUUAUUCCACCAUACUAUUUGUCUACAAUCAACCAGAUGCGUAAAGACAAAAGAACCAGUUACGAAAAGGUAGUACCUUACUGCAGAAAGCACUGGAUGCCAGUAAUCGUACUGGCUAAUACUCGUAGUGGAAACAACAUGGGUGAAACUUUACUAGGAGAAUUUAAAAUUCUGCUGAACCCCGUUCAGGUGUUUGAUCUAAGCAAAAUUGCACCUGCUAAAGCACUCCAACUUUGUACCUUGCUGCCUUGCAACGCUGUCAGGGUUCUUGUCUGUGGUGGGGAUGGCACAGUAGGCUGGGUCCUGGAUGCAAUUGAUGAAAUGAAGAUAAAGGGGCAAGAACGUUAUAUUCCACAAGUUGCAAUUUUACCUCUGGGAACAGGCAAUGACCUGUCUAACACACUGGGCUGGGGUGCAGGUUAUGCUGGAGAAGUCCCUGUAGAACAAAUCUUACGAAAUGUGAUGGAGGCAGAUGGAAUCAAACUAGAUAGGUGGAAGGUUCAAGUAACAAACAAAGGAUACUACAACUUAAGGAAACCAAAGGUAUUCACAAUGAACAACUACUUUUCUAUAGGACCUGAUGCUCUCAUGGCUUUAAAUUUUCAUGCUCAUCGUGAGAAGACUCCCUCUCUGUUUUCCAGCAGAAUUAUUAAUAAGGCUGUUUAUUUUUUUUACGGAACCAAAGACUGCUUAGUACAAGAAUGUAAAGAUCUUAACAAAAAGGUUGAGCUAGAGUUGGAUGGUGAGAGAAUUGAGUUGCCCAAUUUGGAAGGCAUCAUUGUCCUGAAUAUUGGAUAUUGGGGAGGUGGCUGUCGGCUCUGGGAAGGAAUGGGUGAUGAACCUUACCCCUUGGCGAGACAUGAUGAUGGACUUCUGGAAGUUGUUGGCGUUCAUGGUUCUUUCCACUGUGCCCAGAUUCAGGUGAAACUAGCAAAUCCUGUUCGCCUAGGGCAGGCACACACAGUGAGGCUGAUCUUGAAGAGUUCAAAGAUGCCGAUGCAGGUGAAUGGAGAGCCAUGGGCUCAGGGGCCCUGCACUGUUACCAUAACUCAUAAGACACAUGCACUGAUGUUGUAUCACUCGGGUGAACAAACAGAUGACGACGCCUCCAGCGUGUCUGAGCAAGACCACGUGAGAGAACAGACGGAUGAAGAUGUAUAGAUUUUGCAGAAUUCAACGUAGUAGUGAUGAACUUCAGCUCAUUAAAAAACACUGAGAACACCUAAUCUAGAUUAAGGUUUAUGCCAUAAGGUUCAUACUAGUGAACGAACUAGAGCUGAGGAAAAAGCCAUGCUCUUACGUUUAUGAAAACCUUCACAGCUGAAUUACCACAACUGUUCUGCCUUUUAGAUUGGUGGUGAUGCCCAGCCUUUCUAGCUGGAGGAGUUAGUUACUGUAAUGGCAGGAA